AGGAAGCAUUCCACGAUCUCUGCAUUCAGUCGAACUGCUUUGUAUGAAAACCACACUCCAAGCACAAGGAGAGGGGAUGAUAUCUGACGCCCGUUCAACUUGAUGCUCGGGGCUGACGUAGCAACCCUCGUUGGCUGAUGGUGAAAACUUGCAGAAACACUUCUCGUUGCGUCCUCUUUUGUUGAUCGUCCUCUCUUUUUGGAAAUAAUGGCAGGCUCAAAGCCAUGCUCUUUCGAGGCAAUAGUCAAGUACUUCUUGUUUGGAAUCUUUUUCUCUCUUUGCAGUGCUGUGGUAAACGAUGGGGGUCCUUCUUGCUAUGGAGGGUUUGACCUGUACUUUGUUUUGGACAAAUCUGGGAGUGUUCAACACCAUUGGAGUGAAAUUUUUUACUUUGUGAAUCACCUUGCACACAAGUUCAUCAGCCCACAGCUGAGAAUGUCUUUCAUCGUUUUCUCAACCAGAGGUACCACACUCAUGACAUUAACAGAGGACAGGGAACGAAUUCGCAAAGGAUUGGAGGAGUUACAAAUGGUACAGCCUGGAGGCGAUACCUACAUGCAUGAAGGCUUUGAAAGGGCAAGUGAACAAAUCUACUACUCAAGUGCUGAAGGUUACAGAACGGCCAGUGUCAUUAUCGCUCUGACAGAUGGCGAGCUGAUGGAGAACCUUUUUUAUUAUGCAGAGCUAGAGGCUAACCGGUCUCGAAGUCUUGGAGCAACAGUCUACUGCGUUGGUGUCAAAGACUUCAAUGAAACCCAGCUGGCACGGAUUGCAGACAGUAAGGACCAUGUCUUCCCCGUAAACGAUGGCUUCACAGCUCUCCAGGGAAUCAUUGACUCGAUCCUGAAGAAAUCUUGUAUUGAGAUCCUGGCAGCUGAGCCAUCAAGCAUCUGUGCUGGAGAAUCAUUUGAAGUCGUUGUGAGGGGGAAUGGAUUUUCCCAUGCCCGUAAUGUGGAUAAAGUUCUCUGCAGCUUCAAAAUUAAUGAAACUAUAACCCUCACUCAGAAGCCUUUGGUGGUAAAGGACACCUAUUUGCUUUGUCCUGCUCCAGUAUUGCAAGAGGUUGACAGAAAGGUAUUCUUGCAGGUUAGCAUGAAUGAUGGUCUUAGCUUCAUUUCCAGUUCCGUCACCAUCACAACCGUCCACUGCUCAGAUGGAACAAUCCUGGCUAUUGCACUCCUGAUCCUAUUCCUACUGCUGGCAUUGGCCCUUUUCUGGUGGUUCUGGCCUUUGUGCUGCACUGUGAUCAUCGCAGAGCCUCCACCACCACCCUCCGAUGAUGAAGAGGAUUUGGACUCAGAAGGAUUGCCCAAGAAGAAAUGGCCAACUGUUGAUGCCUCAUAUUAUGGAGGCCGAGGUGUGGGAGGGAUCAAAAGAAUGGAGGUUCGAUGGGGUGAGAAGGGAUCAACCGAAGAGGGUGCCAAACUGGAAAAAGCCAAAAAUGCCAGAGUUAAAAUGCCAGAGCAGGAAUACGAGUUCUCGGAGACAGGAAUGCACAACAAUAACGUGGGUCGCAAGUUGAACUCGCCAAGGAAAUGGUAUUCACCAAUCAAGGGCAAGUUGGAUGCACUGUGGGUUCUCCUACGGAAAGGCUAUGAUCGGGUAUCUGUGAUGCGUCCUCGCCCUGGAGACAAGGGACGUUGCAUUAAUUUCACCAGAGUAAAGGCCAGCAGGAAACCACCCAGUUAUCCUUUCUACAACAACAUACGAAAUGGUGGGCCGGCUCCCAUCUAUUGUCCGACCAUCAGUCUUCCUCCGUCUCCUGCCCCGUCGCCCGAGCCAUCACCUGUCCAAUCUACAACUCCGUCGCCCACUCCAUCGCCAACUUCCACCUUGCCUCCGCCUCCGCCAGGACCGCCACCCACGCGGGCUCCUCCCCCAUCGCGCCCACCCCCGCGCCCUUCCUUCUAAACUUGGCAACUCGAGUGGUUAACCCUUCAUUUUGACAACAGACGGGAAGGGCACCAAAGAGGUACUGUGUAAAGUUUCUUACUGGUCUGAAGAAGACUGCUUCCCUUUGGUCAGUUUGUAGAGGGUGUUUGCAGCAAAACAAACUCCAAUUUACACAGCAAUAUCCUUUGAACUUGUGCCAUUUAAAGUUGGCCUUAUUGUCUUCAACUUGAUCAAUUGUCGCUUUUAAAUGUGUGAUAUAUUGAUAUUUGGCAGUUACCAUUUUAUAUAUCCUAUUACAUUUUACUAUUUUUCUGCAACAAUUCUGAGUGUGAAAAUUCAACACAACAUGUUUCUCUGUGUGUUGAAUUUUGACCAAUUUAUUGAAAAAAAAUGAUUGUUGAGAUAAGGGUGUAUAGCAGGAUUUGUCAAUGUUCCUUGUUGAUUCUGCUACCCUUAAUGUAAGGUAUAAGCCUCUUGCCACACCUUGUGGAAGGUACUGUUAUUUACCUUACUGUUUAUAGCACGUUGGAGACAGGGAGCAGAUUGGCUGUGGCCUUGAAUUGGACCAUUUCCUGCCACUUCAACCAUUGUCAGGGUCGUGUUUCUUUGGCUGGGUCACAAGUUGGAGGGUGUCAUUUGGGUGGGGAAUGUGGGUAGCUCUGUGUUACAGGCAAGGGGAAGCUAACACAUGCCUCACUUAGAGCUCUUCCCCUCACUCCAUCUACCCCAUCCUCCCCACUCACCCUUACUCCAAUUUCAGACUGUCAAGGAACAUCACCAUGAGGGUUGGAAAAUGUUAGGGUGGGAUCCAUACAGCCCAGAGGGGAGUAGAGAGGGUCGGACGUGCUAUCAAAACAAAAUAAACUAUUAACAGCAGGAAGGUAAUACAGGGCAGCUCUGACCUCCUCGCAGUGUUGUCUAUGUUGACCUUGAACCCAGUCAGUCAACAGUUAAUUCCUGCUAACUUGAUCUGUUUCUCAUGCUUGGUAACAUUUGGAAAACUGAAGUGAUGGUUUUCCACUUUAGUUGUAAAUGGCAGUGUGAAGAAUGCCUUGAAUGAAGUUUCCUUACCCAGGCCACGAUCAAGUGCAAGCACCGAUGACACUGUCACUGGAGUGGUGGGACGCAGGCUCGAUACCCGCUCUCCACUGAGUUCAGCUGCUGCCCCAGAUACCACCUUACUCCUCUGUCGAUGGAUGCCUGGGAGCAAGUUGCCCCGAUGGCCCCAACCCUAGGGCAGAAGGGAUCAUGAAGCAAUGAGGGAUUUAUGCCUUGACUCAGCCAAAAUGUGCCUCCAAUGAGUACAGUAAAAGUGGAUAAGAUAUGACUGCUGGAGCAUUCAACUAUACUGCACCUAAUCUGCAAUCUAAGGUUGAGGGAUAGGGUGAGAAGCCUUAAGUAUGGAUGCCUUGAGGAAAAGACCAUUGGAGGUCCAUCUGCAGCUUAUGUGAUGGGGAAACUAAACCAAAAUAAAAGGUGUGGAAAGAUUUAGUUCAGAGGCUGUCUGGCUCCUAUAGUGUUUGGGACAAGGAAGCAUCCUUCACAGUGAUCGCACCUACGUGCUUUCCUUGAGUUGUGAAUGUAGUAAAGCUCCACUCUGCCCAGCCCUUAAUAAAAAUUGCUGCCUUGGUCAGCUCUCACUACAGUCUCUUCCCAAUCUGCUCUACUCUCGACAUCUACAACACUGUCCCUCUCCCAUCCAUGCCCGUCCAUGUAUGACAGAAUCAUCAAGGAAUCGGAAACAGGAACAGAAAAUGCUGGAAAUACUCAGCAGACCAGGCAGCGUCUUUGGUGAGAGAAACAGAGCUGACAUUUCAGGUCGAUGACCUUUCAUUAGAAGCAUCAACUCUUUUUACAGAUGCUGCCUGCCCUGCACUCUCUGCAUUUUCUGUUCAUUAAAAAAACAGCAUAUUAAUCUGCAUUUCUAUCAAUAACCUUUGCAGGCUGGUGAGAGAGACUGAUAACUCAGUCUCUCCUGAGCAGAGUUAAAAGGCUUUAGACUGUCAAUGCACACAACUGAAGAGAUAACAAACUGAUACAAAAGAAAAGUCCUACAGAUUCUGGAAAUCUGAACUAAAUACAGGAAAUACUGGGCAUGCUCAGUAAGUUAAGCAGCAUCGACACAGAUGGCUGUUGAUAUGAAACUUUAUUUCUUGCUCCACAGAUGCUGCUGGACCUGCUAAGCAUGUUCUGUUUGGUCAUAAAAACUGCCACCUACAAACUUCAGAAAAGCCCUUAGGCUGAUAUUGUGACCUUGCGUAAGAUGCAGAAAAAAACCCUUAAUAAAUAAUAAGUACCCUUGAACCCUGCCAAGAAAACUCCUCAAACUGUUUUCUCAGCCUAGAAUACUGUUCAGGGUGAUAAAGGAACUCCAUUUGCUUGACAUCAGCUUAUUGACAAAGCACCUCCCUGCCUUGUACUGCACAUUAUGUGGUUCUCAUUUCGUUGAGAGCAGCAUAAGUUGCGUAAACUUUUUUUUAACCAAAGAGCGGAUUAUAAAAUUUACUAUUCUCAAAGAGCUUUCCACUGACAUCUGGAAUCAUUUGAGUUGUUUUUAAGCAGAUGUUCCUAUAUGCUUUUAUUUCCUGUUAAUGCCAGGCCUCGCCAGUAACGGCAGUGUUGAAGAAGUAGGUCUACUGUGCUUGUUAUAAAUUAACAUGCACCUUAUCUUCCUCACGGGGUAGCACUUCGACCUGCAAUUGCAUGCGUCACAGGCAUGACCUGUAAAAGUUUCCAAAGGGAUUAAGACAGAACUGAAAGUGGAAUUCAGAAUUCUAUGGUCAGCAUCUCCAUUGGUGUGAGAUGCUGCAUUUUGUGAACGGUUUGGAGUGAUCCAGUUUAUAAGUGUGGGUAUGGGUGGAACUUCUGCCCAUCAAACCUUCAGGUCUGUUCUUUAAUCAAGAGGACCGGGGAAUUAGUUGAAAACCCUCAAAAUGUUGCUGAAUUGAUUGAUCAAAGCUGCUUCGUGCAGGAGGUGAUGAGUUAAAAUGAUUGGCUGACACCAUGUGGGAUUUAGAAACCUUGUAGGGAAAGGCUUAGAAAGAGAAUUGUUUUCUAUCAUUGACAUUUUGGGAAGGAAUUAGUCAAAGCAGAGACAGUUCAUUGAUUUCGGUGCGGUGCUCAUGCAGUAAGGAGGAAGCGAUCAUUAUGGUUUGGGAAUAACAGGAAACCAGAGAGCAAUGAAUGUAGAUGCACUGAUUGAACUGAGAGGCAGGAAAUGUUGGCAUUGAUAGAAAGGCUGAAUAAGAGGAAUCUCUCAUAACAGCAGAAGACAUGGGAGCAGUAUCCACAAUGCAAUCAUAUAGAUAACAUAAUCACUGUAAGCCAGAGCUUCUCCAUUAAAGCAGCAAGAAAUCAGGCUCGUUAGGCAGUAGUGUUCUUUUAGUUUGUGUUACAACUCAAGAAAGAACACUGAGGCACAAUUAUAUCAGAUGUGUGCAACUUUCUAGGAAAGUAAUUCUUGAUCAAACUAUUAACCUCAUAAAUUGGUGCCAGUGGGUAAAUCCAGAGCCUGGUGACCUAUUGAAUCUCACACAUUAGUAGGGUCCUGGGCUCUAUCCCCAUUUUACCCCAGACAUCUGAACUUUUUCAGUCAAUGCCGUUUCAGUAACGCUUCAACAGUUGAAUGGGAGGCUUACACUCACUGUCAGAGGCCAAAGUAGAGAGCAGUCUCUUGGGUAAAGUAUGGGAGGAGGGAGGACUGCAGUGUCUUCAAGAAAUGUGGGCAGUAAGUUGGGAAGGAUGGUGCAGUUCAUCUGCAUGGAAAGGUAUUCCAAGCACAGUCAGAAAUGGUUUUACUUCAGGACAACCUGAUUACACAGGGAGGCAUUGAGAAGGCUGAAAUGCUGGCAUUGAGAUGGAGCAGUUCUAAUCUAGCAUAUGUAUCCUGACACACACACACAUACACACACACACACACACACACACACACACACACACACACACACACAGAGUGAAGAUCAUAUUUGGGAUGUAAUCCACGGCCACUUCAAGAUGACAGAUACUAUGUAAAUAGUCUCCACCUACUCCAAUUCCCGCGAAUGGCCAAGAUUGGCACUGAGGUAGAGUGAUUCCAGAGGACUUGUUCUUCAAAGCUGCAUUAUGGAUGAAGGAGAGGCUGAAGUUGUGAGGGACUGUGAGCGAGUGUGUGAAUGGCUGAGUGAGGGAGGGAGAGUGAGCGAGAUUGGGACGGGGGGGAUGGCGUGAGUGAAGUUGGAGCAAGGGAUAGAAUGUGGUAAGGGUAGAGACAGGGCAAGGCUGUGCGUUGCUGUAGUUUUCAGGUGUGAAAUUGAAUAAUAUCAGGGUUGUUGGAUGGGCAGUAAUAGGCUGCAUCAUGCUUGACCUGGACCCUGCCUCAAGUUCAGAACCCUCCCACACUAUUCCUGUGGUCGCUCUCUAGCCAACAUUGUGACCUCACUGCCACUGGCAGGCAGCAGAUGCUGAGGUCCCACCUCCAGACCACUCUGAUGACCAUAUGACAGCUGUCAGAGGCCUUCUCACCAGUUUCUAAAUGUCUCCGAUCAGAGACGUUUAAAAACAUUGAAAUAUUACAAAAGUUUAAAAUUAGCAAAGAACAUUAAAAUUAACCAAUAAAAUUAAAAUUUCUGGUGUAAAUUAUUUAGAAAUGGUAUUUUCUUUAAAGUAAAAGGAAAAGAAAAAUCACCUUUCCCAGGAAAUGACCUGGUUGACUGGUGCUGGGCUGGAUGUGUCAGUCACAAUCAGUGCAAAGUGACUGGAUAUGAAGUGUAUCCGGUCGCUCAGGUCUGGAUGAUCUGGAGCCACCCCUGACUCAAUGGAGUAAGAGAUCAGAUGUACCAACAUCUGACCAUGCAGUUACUUUCGUGCUGCAGUAAACAGGUGCAGAAAUCAUGAACCCGCUGACUCACAAUGAGUGCCUCUUCCAAUAUCCCGGCCAAAGCUCUGUAAAGUUUUGGGCCAUUAAAUGGGUCCUGCUACCUGCUUCUUUUCUGUUGACUGCCAAUUUGUUAUUACUGCUUUCUGUGGGACAAGGAGAGGGCAAUUUUACCCCAUAAUCUCAGUUCCAACUAUUGGACCCAUAUUGAGACCAAUACAAUCUCCUCAGUUUGCGACCCUCAGGAUAAGUUGCACUGCGCACCAAGAACUGUGCAGCACCCUUUCAACAGUGCUCUCCCACUACAGCAGUGCCACAUCCAUGGGUAGUUGGCCAAAAGAAAAAGUUCACACACGGCUCCAGCUGGCAGCUGGAUCAGUGGAAACAAAUAUCCACUGCAAAACGAGGCAGUGAUGAAGAAUUUUGAAGAAAGUGAAAAUCACUGAUGCACAUUUUCAGCCCAUUUUGAUAUCUAACACACAGUUAGGUCAGAUGUUGUCUGGAUCACUUAAUUUUGUUCCUCCCCUAUGCAACGCACCAUUCCUUAGAGCUUUCCUUUGUAUUGAACUUGGGUAAUGCACUGACUCAAUGCUAAGCAACAGUUCGAGCUAGAAAGCUGCCCACCUCUCCUAAUAUCUAGAAUAUUUUUGAUGUUUAAAUGUUGCCAGGUGAGUGUCUGUGUUCAGCUGAAGCCCAAUUCAUUAGAAUGAUAAAGGUGCCAACAUAAGAGGCAAAUAACAGUUGGAGACCAUUGAAAAUGCAAGGUCAAGCCACAUGGACAAUGAGCUAAUUCCUUCUCUGGCCUCAAUGUUGACUCAGUAACCUCUCCCGUUCAAUCCUACACAUGAACUUCUAUAGCUUCCUAUGUUUUAGCUCGAGUCUGCAGCCCUACUCUUGGUCCAGAGCCAAGCUUGUAUCUCUCAACUUCCUCUCGAUUUCAAAAGCCUGGCAAACACCUUCUCCAGAGACCCAUGCAGUUCAGGCUAACAUGACUUGGUAUUAAUAUCAUCCACUGAUUAACUAUUCUCUGACAGAAAGAAAAGCUUUCUACCUAUCAAAAUCAUACAAUAGUAAUAGCAGAGAAAGAGGUUAUUCAGCUCAUUAAGUCUGUGCUGGCUCUCUCAAAGCCCAGUUAAUCUUCCCAUUCUUUCUCCAUACAUCUGAUCCCUGUUCGAAAGCUGGAGGCACAAGAGACUGUAGAUGCUAGAAUCUGGAGCAACACACAAGAUUUGUGUGACACUGAUGCAACAAUCACGUGCCCUUCCACAGCAGACCAGGUGAAGUGUCUCAACUGGAAACAUUGGCUGUCCAUCUCCCUCCAACGGGUGCUGCCUGACCUGCUGCAUCUUGUGUGUUGCUCUUAUUUGAAAGCUAUUGCCCUAUCAGGAGUGCAUGCCAAACCUUAACCAUGUUGCUCAGUGAAGAAUCACCUCCAGUUGUCCAAGUACCCAAAUCUUGUGCCCUUUGGUGUGGGUCACUGAAAAGGACUGAGCUUUGGAAAAAGGGAAGGUUGAGUUAUUCUCUGAAUUUUCUCCUGCCAUAGCUGAUCUGGGAGAUUGAUGAAUAGGGUGGAUACAGGAGAACUUUUCAAGCCUAUUCGCUCUUAAUUCUUCCAGACCACAGGCUUCAAUUGGAGUACACCCGAGUACCUGAUGCUGGAGAUGCUUGCAUCAAUUUGGCAUUGGCAAUCUGCAAGGUCUGAGUUCUGGUGUGAAUACACAGACUCAAAGAGUGGGAGAUCCAAUAGCCAGUGAGACCCUCAAUUUGGGUAAAUCACUGGAGGCCUUUGACUAAGCUAGGAAAGCUUGGAUUUCUUCUACCGGAAUGUGCCCCCUGUGCACAGAACUAAGGUCCUGUAACUCUUUGUUUGAAAUCCUGGCAUCAGAGUUAAAAGUUGUAUUUGAAAAGAAUAGGAAAGGGAACCAGCUACUUUAAAGAUUAAACUAGAAGAAUUUUGCCUGUAGACCUUGGAUCAGUCAGGGGCCAUAUUCAGCAGUUAGUGCUGAAGUUAUUCAGCUAAUUCAACGAGUUAAGUGCUCCUUGAUUGAAGCUAACAAAUUAUGGCAAAUUGGAAAGUCAAAACAUUGAUGUCCAUGAGGGACAUGUCUGGAGCGAACAUGUUCACUUCAGCCUGAUCUUGGGAUUCACAACACCCAACCCCUUUUCCUGAUUCAACGAGCACAGCCACUGAUCUGGAAGCACAAGGCUUUGAUCGAGGAUGGCCAACACCAAAAUUAACCACAGCAAUUGUUGCCACAGCAACUAAGGUUUCAACUUUACUUCAAGGCCUGCAAACCUUGAGGCACCCAUGAAAACCACCAAGAUCUCAAUUUUUUCCCCCAAGGCUUUCCAUUCACUAUGGCAACCAGUUGUCUAUUUAUUGUAAAGUUUAUUCUUAUGCUCAUUAUGUAGCUGCUAGCAUCCAUUGAAGCUCAGUAAGUCUUCAGCUGCAAUGAUUCCAUGUGGUACAGGAACCAGGCCUCUGAGAUCGAGAGAGUGUACAUCUGAGCAAUGGCUCUCCAGCUCAGAAGGUUCACUGCACAGGUUUCUUUCUCCAAUAUUAUUCAUCCCAGCUUUGGAUUGGUGAGGAUGUGGCAUCAACCCUGCAUGGUCAAAUUUGGGUUCAGGGUAGAUUGUUCUCCAAGAUACUGGAGAAGUCCAGCAUCCCUGACUACUGAGCAGUUGUUCAAUCUUUUUAAGUGGGAGUGGAGCUUAUGGGCUGAUAAGAAAAGGUACACUAUAUAUCACCUGCCCCGAAACAAAUAUCUGGACAGUCUACCACUGACUGGAUUACUCCAGUAAGAGCUGGAAUGAGCUUGGUGGGUCAAAGAAAAUUGUUGGCUCAAAUGGAGUCAUUUUUAUGCUGCAAUGUUGCACUGACUCCCCUUUAUUGAAUAAAACAGUGACCAAAAUGAAUAAAGUAAUUUGACAGACAGUCUCCUUGACUGUGACCUCUCCCAAUUGCAAUGUCAACUGAUCAUAUGGAUUGCACUACAAUAGUUACACCAAGUCUGCUCGAUACUUCCCCAGUACAAUGGUCUUAAAAUAGAUGGUCAGAUCAGCUCAAUCCCACUGGUGAGAAACAGCAGUGUGGUUCCAGAACACAUUGCCUGCAUAAACACAGCUCACUUAAUACACCUUUAUUCUGCAAGCACAGCUAUUGAUCUAGAAAUGUCAGGUUUUAAUUGAGGAUUGCUAACUCCAAAUGUCAGUUUAAACUUUGGCAAUUGUUGCCACUGUAAUCCAGGUUGAAACGUUCCUCCUGGCCCUGGAGGAGGCCUGUAUAUUCACACCACAGAGAUGACAGGAAAACCACUGGGAGCUGAAGGCCCAAGGCUUUCCAUUCACUAUUACUAUUCUAUAAAUCCUGGUUUCAGUCACCAGGUACUGUACAUGCUUACUAAGAUCUCUUCAUUAGUCACAUGUCCAUCAAAACACACAGUGAAAUACAUCUCUUUGCGUAGUGUUCUAGGGGCAGCCCGCAAGUGUCGCCACGCUUCUGGCGCCAACAUAGCAUGCCCACAACUUCCUAACCCGUACGUCUUUGGAAUGUGGGAGGAAACCGGAGCACCCGGAGGAAAUCGACUACAUGUGUGUUGCACUGAUUGAACCAUUAUGUUCAACACCUUUCUGUACAUUUAGGUCCUCCUUUUCAGUUGAAAUAUUCAAUACCACUGAGCUUACAGAGUGAUAGGUAGAGCCUGAAACAGGCCCUUCAGCCCAUCGUGUCCAUGCUUCCCAUCAACCACCAAUCCUACACUAAUCCCGUUUUAUUCUCCCCACAUUCUACCAUUCCCCUACACACUGGGGACAAUGCAAAUUGGACAAUUAACCUCCCAACCCACACAUCUUUGGGAUGCGGGAGGAAACUGGAGCACCUGGCGGAAACUCAUAUAUAAUUGUGGGAGCUGCAAUUUAAUGUUAGGUAUUUUCACAUCAUGGCACCUCCGGCAUGCCUCACCAGCCAAACAACCUUAUCUCCCUCCUCUCCGGUACUUGUAUAACUAAUGAAAUCUUUUUUUUAAAUGCUCUACUGAUUUUUCUCCUGGAAUUACUUACUGUCACCUCCAGGAAAUCAAAUCUGGACAGUUGGAAACCCCAUCAACUAUCUGCAGACUUCCAAGAUUUUUUACACAUUUUUUUUCAGAUACUUUAACAGUUUGGAGCAUUGAAUGUUGUAUUUAGCAAAGUAACUGCAGGCACAGAAACAAAAGAACCUUUCAUUUAUUUAGACAUAUUAUAGAGUACUGUAAACCUGACUCAGAAACAUCUGUCCUUGAAAUAACACUUCCCCAUUGCCACAAAUUGUAAACUGCUUGCUGAGCAAUUUUAAUCCGAAAAGCAGCUUUCCUUUAGAACAGCUGCCUCUUUCGCUGGCUUUAUGAGUGGUUGUGUGGGCUGGAGUGCCUCUGGUUACUGUUUUGCUGUUAAGUAAAAUGAUAGGUUGGCAGAUCUAUAGUGUAAUCAGAAAUAAAGCUUUUUCUUUUCUAGGGUUUUUUUUGCAUCCACUGCUGGAUGUCACAAACCUGGAACAAGAUUAUUUCGACUGCCCGGGCCCAGUUUGAAAACGUUCAUAAAUUAAUGAGAGAAGGAUGUGCUUCCCUGAAUAUUGGCAGACUUUGUGUGCGUUUGUGACACCUUUCGGUACAUACCAGUACUGCACUAGCCAUUUUCUUUUGCAGAAGUAAAAUACACCAGCUAGUCCUCAACAUCUCUCUCGCUCCACUAGUAUAUCCGAUACCAUUUCGGCAGAAGGACAAGGAGAGUGAAUAUAGAUUAAACGGCACAAUUCUAAAGGAUGUUUAGGAACAGAGAAACUUAGACGUGUAAGUGGAUAAAACUUUGAACGUGGCAGGGAAUGCUGAGUGUACUGUUUGUAAAGCAUUUGGGAUCCCGGGCUUCAUAAAUGCAAAAGCACAAGGUUAUGGAGUAGUUUUGUAAGCUCAAAGAGUACUGUAUUCAUGUCUGGUUUUCUGACUAUUAGAAUGUGGUCUUUGAGAAGAUGGAGAAUAUAUUAACUGGAAUAGUGUGAAGGAUUUGGGAUUUCAGAUACACGGUUAGACUGGAGAAACUAGGGUUCUUAGGAGCGAAAAAAAGUUGAGAUUUUAAAGAGGUGCACAAGAUGAUGAUGGGCUUCAAUGGGGUAAACAGAGAAAUUCCCAUAACCAGAUAGUUCAAGGAACAAGGGCACAAUUUAAAAUGAUGGGCAAAAAAUCCAAGGAAGAACUUUUUUUUAUAUAAACACACAGUGGAUAUGAUUUGAUACUGUCUGUAGUUGUGGAAACAGUAGAUCCAGUUUUUGGGUUUUCAAGUUUUCUAAAAGUAUUUGGAUUUUUUCAGGGAAAUUGGAACGUUCAUAGAAAUAAGCUGGAAUAUGUUGAAACCUUUAGUAAGGUUAGGGAAUGACAGUACUAGGUAGGAUAAUGCAGAAUGAUAUAACUGACAUUGUGAGAGGCAUGUUGAUUUUUUUUCCUCCAGAGCUGGUGAGUGGUAAAAUAAUAGGGUGCAGGCCAUUCGAUCAAUUUCCUGCCUGUGCCAACUCUGAAAAAGCUAAUCAAUUGGUGAAAAACCUGCACUUUUCCCCAGUCUUGAGUGAUAGUGAUGGGAUACCAGACUCACCUGGCCAUGACACGACUCAAAGUAUUGUAAUAUUUUAUGUUUUUUAAUGAAUAUUUUCCAUUUUAAAGGAAGUUCCAUCAGUUAACAUAGAGUUGUGGCUAAGUAAGAUUAAGCUGAGUUGGCGUAACCUUCUCUCGAGGUGUGGUGGCAAUGUCCCUAUCUCUACUUGCUGUGACACCCGAACGGCUUGCCAGGCUCAUCGGAGGGCAUCAAGGACAGAGAACAUGUGCUUCCUCCAUGGGAGGAUGAUCACUAGCUACCACGGUUCAUUGAUGGAUCUUGAGGUGACUCCGUAAUUAGAUCCUAGAACCACAUAUCAGUCACCAGAAAUUGCAGGUGUCUUCAUGUGGGAGAGCUGCCACUGGUCAGGUUUUCUAUCGUUUUCAUUUCUAUGCCGUCUCUUUUUGGCUUAGCGGGCAAAGACAUUUCUCUUUGAAGCAGAUUCCCACUUUGUGAAGGAACAGACAUCACUAGGUAGCAAUGGCAGGUUGCCUUUAAGUACAUCAUUGAAGCAGUCAGUUUUACCAUUCUGAAGCUUAUGGUUAUUCUGGCAAAUGGCCAAAAAUUAUCAGAUUUAUUGAGUUCCAUUUAAUAAGUUGCUCUAGUGGACCUUGCAUUUAUAUCAUCUGGGUUACAGAUCUCAAAUCAUAACCACUAUUUUACAACAGGAGGCCAGACACAGUUCUACCAUUGCAGCUUGGAACUUCCCGGCAAAUUGUACUCCAAAUAUUGAUGAGAAUAUGUAAAGAAUGGGCAGGUACUCUUAAUUAAAGUACUGGACAGAAGAAUGCAAGAGACAAGCCUCCAUGCAACAUUGAAAAUAAUCUGCAGGAUUUUCUUUGCACAUUGAUGCUGUGGAGGUUAUGGAGGGUGUAGAAGUUGCAAGUACAUUGUAACCCAAGGAAAAAAAAAAUCACAAGGUGGACAUAAUGAUAGAAGAGCUAGGGUUGUGUGGUAUCUGUUGGAUGUUUAUUUCACUACAUACUCAGUAUUUACCCAGUUGAAGCAUUUGAAAUCUAGUGUAGGGUUUGUUUUUUUUUUAUUUUUGAGGGGUGGGUUUAGUAAAUUAUUGUACAGAAGUUACUUGUUUGUGGCAUGUUUAUCAAGCUGUGCUUGUUAAUUGUCUUACUGCCUGUUUGUUCUGUUUUAAAGUUUCUUAGAGUUUUUGAACGACCGCCUUACUUUCACAUUCAACAAAAAAAAACUAUGAUUUAAUUAAAAAAUAGACAAUUUUGUUAGCUCAUUAAGACUGAUAUAACCCAGACUGGUGACAAUGUGCAAGGUUCAACUUUUCCACAAGUGUGACUGACCCUGGCAUUUGAAAUAGAAGACACAUAAGAAUACACUACCAAUCUCACAAAUGCUUUCUUACCCAUGGAAGUAGUAGCAAAGCUGUACAUUUUGAGGCAUGGUAUCGGAGUUCAAAUCCCAGCGUGGAAGCAGGCAAGUUUAAAUUUGCUUCACUAAGUAAAUCUAGGAUGAACAAGUUGAAUAAAACUAUUCAAACUGCACAGAAUGGUCACAAAACCAGACUGCCAUUAAAAGCCCACCCGAGUCACUACUGGGUAAGGUAAUAUCCUUUAGUUGCAGUUAUAAACCCAUUGCAUUGUAUUAACUGGCCCCUGAUGUUGUCCAGCAAGCCAAGGAUAAUUACUGAUGGACGGUAAAUGCUCUCAACAAUUGAAUUAAAAUAAACUACCCCCAAAAAAAGUCAGUGUGCUGGCCAGGGUCUUUCACCAUUUACACUUUUGCAUAUCACCGGUCUGUUGAGUGUCAUUCUGUUGAAAGGAGGCUGAAAAAAAUUAUGGUAUUCAUUUAACACACUGUAAAUAAUGCAUCACUCUGCCUGUGAGUUGACCCUUGCACCCAAUUCUGACCUGCUUGUACUAACUGGCUGGGAAUGCAGUGACCCCUCAUUUUCAUACAAUCUCUGAAUGAUGGUUCUCUGCAAUCACAAAAGACAACAGGUUGAAAAAUUACUGCCAUCUGUUUUGCAAGUGAUGUUUUACAUUAACCCAACAGGGUACUGUACUAAAGUGGUAGAUGGGAAUGAUACAAAUGUGCCAAACUUUCAGCAGCGUUACUGAAGGAAGAGAGAAUUGGGAUGAGCCACUUCUCUCACCUCUGAAAAAUGGACUGAAAAACUUGUUGAGGUUCAGAUACUGGCUGAAGGUUACUUCAACCGUCCAUCAAAAAUCUGAUGCCAGCAUGUUGAAAAAACAAAACCCUAAUGCUGCAACUGUAAUGGAAAUGGAAUACGCUGCACAAGUUCCCAUCUAGGCAAGUUUCCAUUAAGAGAUGCUUUAAUAUUUUGGUUUUAGUUCUAGAAUGGGAAGCGAAGUGAGUAUUAAAGGCCAAAGAGCAGCAUUUUUUUUGUUAAAAGGCUGUGCUGGUAAUUUUUUGAUGGAUAUUGCUAAAUGUUUAAAACAUCAGGGAACCUCUGGUCAAAUGAUUGAGUGAGGUAACCAAUGGCCCUUCAAACCCAUAGCAAGAAUGAAGAGUGAAUGGUGGGUCAGAAAGUGGAGUUCAGGGAUGGGCUCCAGGCUCAGUCUGAGUGGAGAUAAAAUACUCACACCAUUGUAAUAGAGAAAAAUUAGAUCGUGAGAUUUUUUUUGUCCAUGCUGUAUCCCCCUUAAUGUAACUUUUGUCCAAUAAACUUGGU